AUGUCUGAAAGGCGGUAUCUACUUUGGAUGGAGAUGGCGGAUGAUGGGUCCAAGGCUUUAUGCAAGUGUCUUGAAUCACACACUACUGCUCGACAACAGCGUUGGCCGCAUUGUGAAAGGCAUACAAAGAUUUUUGCUGCUCAAUUAGUAGAGCAGCAUCUGAAUUCUAAAAUACGUAAAACAUUUGCUGCAAUUUAUAGUGUAGGUGAAACCGUUAUUAAAAUUGGAACUAAACAUCAUAGAUAUUAUAUUUUUCCUGCGUGGACAAUUUUAGGCGGGGGAAUGGAAGCAACUGCUAUAUAUGAUGAUGACAACACAUCGUUAGCUCAAAAAUAUUGGAUCACUAAACAUGCUGCUCUACUAAUUGAGUAUCAAAAUCUUCAAUAUAGUCAAGAAUGCGUAGAAUGUUGUAAUCGCGUCAAAGUUCUACUUUCCGCGGUUUCUCCAAAGAAAAUUGACACGUUUGAGAGAAGUAUAAACGCGCAAUUUUAG